AUGUUAGUCCUGCGCAUCUUGGCUCUUUCAAUUUGUUACGUCUUCGUCCUACUACCAAAGUCAUCCAAACAAGAAAAGAUGGCAGACUAUGUCAAAGGGAAGCAGUAUUGGAGCGCGUCCUUUAUACAUGAAGGUGGUACCUGCGCUGCUUGUCCGCCAAAUUGGAGAAGUUGUUACAAUGAACCUAUAAAUGAUCAAGAGAGAUGUGUGGUGUCAUGUCGUAGACGUGGUAGGUCAUCACUUGUAUUAAUGUUCUUUCUGUGUAGUGCUAUUUGUAUUGUAUACAAAUAAUGUAUUAUAUUUUGAAUAAAUUGAUGGGAAUAAAUCUAUGACUAUGUCAUGUGCGGUAACGGCCGGUGUACUGUCGUCCGGAAAUAUAGUUCUCUUGUGGUGGGUUCACCCUGCCACGCAAAUGUAAAACAUAGAUAUCGAGUCGUCUAGAGAGAAUCCGUGUUUUUAUUGAACUUUGUCAAAAUCUAUCAUGGAGUGUAUUGCUAUAUUCAUUUAAAUAUCAUUUACAAUUUAUAAAUUGAAACAUAUUAUAGUGAAACAUAUAUCGACGUCUCGACGACAUUCUGAACUAAUACUUAUAUAAAACUAAAACUGCUUUUUUCCAGUCCUUUUGUAUUGAAAUCACUCAUACUAUAGUCUAUAUACUGCUACGACUUUGUUCUCUAGAAACGCUUGGAUGAAGUUGAAGUGUCAAAGUUCGAAGUUUCAAUGUGGCGCGAUGAUCCUUGAUGGCGUGAUGCAAUUACACAUUCUAAUGAGUUAUAAUUAUAAAAUAUAUAUUCUUUCAAAUAUCAGUUACAAUUUUCGUUUAUAUGCGUCGAAAUGUUUCGUUCCUGGCUAAAGUUUAGGAUCGAAACAAAGGAAUUUUCGUGCUGGAUUGUUUAUCAAAUUUAUGUCUCAGUUCGUUUCACGAAGCCGAAUACACAAUACUCAAUAGCCUGCAAUGCGUUUGCGUGGGUGAAUAAUGUGAUUACCUAAGGGCAAAGCCAAAGCGUGUAUAUUUCUAUUAAAGCUGUAAAGUUUACAAAUUGACUUAUCAAAAACAGAUACGAGAAAUAAAUACCAAUAUCAUAUACCAAUAUCAGAUGUACCACAUACAUAUAGCUCAUUAAUUUUUGCCGCCGACUUGACAUUUUGGAAUUUGCUUGAGUCUUGAGGAUAUUAUUAAUAUUAAUUAUCUAAUAAUAAACUUGAAAUUUCAAAUUUUGGGCUCUUUCAUCGAAGUCGCAAUCAAAAUUAUUUCAACUUCACUACGAAAACUCACUCAUGCCUAUACUUUACUCUAUCCCGCGUUAAUUAUAAGAGAAUCGUUUUUAAUAGUCAGUGGAGGACAGUGAUGUACAAUUCAUUACAUUAAGUUUUGUCUGUUUUAUACUAGUAUUUUCAUUUGAUUUUGAACAGUAUUUACAAUUUCGACGUGUAGACGUCUGAGUGAUUAUAUCUAUAGUUUGCCCGUGCGUUUUUGCAUGUUAGUGGUGACGGUGUCUGAUACUGAAAAUUAUGCUUAGCUGAGCAUAUAUCAUAGACAUGGAUUUGGGCAUUUCACGCGAUAGAACUAUAAGUUGUGAAGGGUUUUCUAUCAAAGGAAAUAUAUAAAAUUUACACUCGAUAUUUUAAUCAACAAAACCCUUCAAAAAAAAAGAAAUAAUUAAUAUCCCACUCGAAUUUGAGACAUCGUCCAUGACCACGGGCACGGAUAAAACGUCUGCAUUAGUCAAGAUGCGAGAAGUGAUAUUCAGCAAAUUAGCUCAGACUCAGUACUAUAUGGACUGGCAUCGUUAAAAAAUAUUUCCUAGUGUAUAUGUUAGUAUAAUAACAGCAAACUUCUUCGUUUACACAAACUCGAAUAUGCACAAUUCACAAAUACACAAAGAUCAGCGGGAAAUGUUAGUAGCGUGGGCGGGGGAAAUUUCAUGUAAUUUUCCCAACCCACGCUAUUGGAGACCUUACGAUGUAGGAACGCAACGACAACGGCUAUAAUAAAAUCAUGCAAAUAAACGAUUGUAAAGAAAGUUUGUCGACUAUUAUUGAUCGUAUCAAUGUAAUACUGUUUGGUUAGCUUGUUGAGAAAGUCCUACUAUGUUAUUGUUAGCGAUGUAUUGGCCAUUGAGCCGCGUCCUCUUGCACGGCACUGCUCCAACAAUAGCAUCUUAUACUAACUGUCAUUAUAGUAUUGGCAGGUGUAUCUGGUGAUACAAUUGCAGGUGUAUUGCAGGAGCAAGUGUUCUCCGGAUGUAUAUGCUUUGCUUGUCUGCUGUGAUCUGCUGAUUCGUGCACACGAAGAGGGCUUAAUUGCAUCUAAAUAGCAUUGCAUUUUUGUUUAGUAGCACUAUUAGAAUUAUAACACAAAAUUCUUAAAUUUCCUUUUUGUGAACGCAUAUAACAAUAAAACUUGCUCCGUAACAUUAGAAUGUAGACUUUCUGCUUAGUUCAAUAGUAUAUAGAACACUUUGAAAUAAGAAAGAUACAUACAUAUCAAAAUAACAUUCAACAGGAGUAAACAGUGGUAAACCAUCAACCAGAAAACUGUAGAUACAAUGAAGAUUUUAUUUGGAAAAAGUUUUUAAAAGUUAUUCCAUAUCUUAUUUUUUGUAGCAAAGCCAAAACCCAACCCGAAAGAGCCCUCUACAAGUACAAAACUUCCCGUGACACCAACGGCAACGGCUACAUACAUACCUUCUGAACUUCGAACUGAAAUUCUUAAUCCCACUCCCUCCAUACCUGCAGUGCCGGUAUAUUCUUCAGGCUUACACCCACAUGAAACAGAGGACGAGGACCAACCCCCUUCUGGUGAAAACCAUGGACAUGGUAUGAAAUUAGGGCCUAUCAUUGCGGUAUCGGCUCUUUCGGCAUUCGCUUUCCUAGCCAUAGUUACCCUGGUGCUGUUCCUGGUUCGUAAAAUCCAGAAAAAAUCGGCAGGAGAACGAGGUAGAGUUCAUAGAAGAGAUAUAGAAGAACGUAUGGCUCUACACGAGAUACAGCGGCCUAAUGACGGAGAACGUGUACAUGAGCCGGCAAAUGAUGGGGUAGAGCGUUUACAUGAGCCGGCAAAUGAUGGGGUAGAGCGUUUACAUGAGCCGGCAAAUGAUGGGGUAGAGCGUUUACAUGAGCCAAAUGACGGAGAAGAGCAUUUGCAGCAUAGAGAAGAGCGUUCACAGGCAAACGAUGCAGAAGAGUGUGUGGCCCCUCAGGAGACACAGCUUCCUGUUCAGGCUACUCCUUCUGAUAUACAAAUAGGCGGGUAAGUAUAUAUUUGUUUGAGUUGCCUUAUCUUUUGUACUCUCUUUCCCCCAAGAAACAGAAAAUAUGGUGUGGUUUUAAUCUUCUUCUGCCAGUUCAAACACAAACCACGCCAGCUUUAUGUAGAAUAAAUCGGCUCGAACGGUCUUUGACAGUGUAUGUAGGUAGCGGCGAUAAAACUAAAGCUGCAGAUUAAGAGAGAUUACAACUACCUGGAAAAUACAAACAGAAUUUCGUCGUUUCGAGGGAAGACUUUUUGACGGGAAGUUAUUGGCGGGGGGGGGGGGGGGGGGGGGGGGGGGGGGGGGGGAUCGGGAAGUACAUGAGCUAGGCCCUUUUGUCGGGAACGGGAGCCGACAAAGGGCCUUAAUUGCCCCAAACGUCGAAUUAAAACUUUGUAUACGAUAAUCAAUCAUUUUGUAUACGAUUCUAAUUAUCUUUUUUCAUAACAAGUAUAUAAUAACAAUAUGUUUGCAUUUUAAAAAAUGUGCUUUUGUCGCAAUAAAUGUAGGAUUAAAGAUUUUCACUGCUAAUCCCUCAACGGCUCAACUCAACCAAAACUGCUUGUCCAACUUUAAUCUGUAUCAUUAAUUAGGUACAGUUAUAAUAUAAUUAAUAUUUAACUAUCUAUUUGACCAAUCAUAAAAGACCUUGUUGGAGCUGCUACAUCAUGACCCAUUGUACAUAAGCUUUUCCUAAAGUUUUAUCGUUUACUUAGCUAUACGGGAAUUUAUUGAACUGACAGCUCAUUGUCUUCACACGGAGUGAGCGGAAAUGCUUGUGGGACAUUUUAAAUCUUCGUUAUACAUGCAUCGCCGUGACUUUAAUUAAACAAUAUGAAAAGUGCUACGAGCUAGCCUAUUUUUGAUGUUCGCCUUCGGCGGAAGGAAAUAUUAAUAUUUAAAAAAUAAUUAACGACUUUCGAAAGUCUAGGAAUCUAUGGUUGGACCUAGCUGGAAUAACCUCCAACCUUCUAGAAUUUGUUGAAACGUUGGAUAAGAAAUAAUUACCGAUAUUCUUAUCAUGAUUAGUUCUUUAUUGUCUUCUGACUAGUUAUUAUUAACGACUUUCGAAAGUCUGGGAAUUUCUACGGUUACCCUGGAAUAACCUGGAUUAACCUACUAGAAUUUGUUGAAACGUCAUGCAGAUAGGAAAUAAUCGUCGAUAUUCUUCUUACACUGUUAGUUAUUGUUUGUCUUCUGAUUAGUUAUUAUCUUAGUUAUUGAGAUAAACUUUGCUUUUUCUUUGUUUUAUAGAAUCCAAGAUACGGAGUCUGCUGGCGAAGGCAGUUGUUCAUCAAUGACAUCAUGUUUAUAUCUAACUGAAGCGGAGAACUAA